GCCACAGAUGAUAGAAUUAAUUUGUAUGCGCUCCACUCAACAUGUGUAGCCCUGCGGCGGUGACCAGGCCGCUCCGACUCACAGUUCACCACGGCCAGAAACUGUCAGUGGUGCUGGACGGCUUUGUGUCUGGUGGUCGGAGGUUCAAGUCCGGUGCCAGCAGACACGUGGGACAAAAAUUGCAGACAACGAUAGAAACAACUCCGGAGAAGUGCAAAACAAUAGACGAUCUACACGGACCUAGUUUGGCCACAACGGUGUAUUGGCUGUUCGUGAAGGGAUAUGCAGAUAAGAGCCAUGCGAUGCAGGUUGAACACAAGAAACUGUACGGGCCCAUCUGGCGCUCGCGGUUCGGCCCGUUUGAUGUGGUGAACGUGGCGUCCCCAGAGCUCAUAUCCCAGGUGAUCCGUCAGGAGGGCCGCUACCCGGUCCGGACAGAGCUGCCACACUGGAAGGAGUACCGCGAUAUGAGGGGACAGGCCUAUGGACUCCAUGUGGAUAAAGGCCCACAGUGGUACCGUAUCCGUAGUGUCCUGAAUCCAAAGAUGCUGAAGCUAGCGGAGGUGUCUGCGUACGCGCCUGUCAUCCACCAGGUGGUAGGGGACCUGCUACAGCGUAUUGAGAGGCUCCGCCUCCGCAGUCAGGACCACACCACCGUACCAGACCUCACCGCAGAGCUCUACAAGUUUGGCUUUGAAGGGAUCUCUUCCAUCCUGUUUGAGACGCGGCUGGGUUGUCUGCAGGAGGAGAUCCCUAAGGACACGCUGAAGUUCAUCGCUGCAGCCAACAACAUGCUAACCCUGUCUGAGACCGUCCUCUUCCUCCCGCUCUGGACACGCAACGUCCUGCCCUUCUGGAAACGAUUUGUCCAAGCCUGGGACGACCUGGUGGCUGUAGCUCAGGGUCUGAUUGACCAUAAGUUGGCGCAGAUGGAUGCCCAGGUGCUUGCUGGGAAGAAGUUGGACGGGAUGUAUCUCACCUACCUGCUGUCCUGUGAUAAACUGACCCUGGGAGAGGUGUACAUCAGCAUCACAGAGCUGUUGCUGGGCGGAGUGGACACGACGUCCAACACCUUGUCGUGGGCGUUGUACGAGUUGGCUCGCGACGCCGCGUCUCAGGACAGGCUGUACCGUGAGAUCAUGUCCGUGUGUCCGGGAAGACAGCAGCCCAGAUCAGAGGACCUGAGCAGGAUGCCCUACCUGAAGGCUGUCAUCAAGGAGACUCUGAGAAUGUACCCUGUAGUUCCAGGGAAUGGCCGUCUAACCGUAGACAAUGAAGUUGUUGUGGACAACUACUGGUUCCCAAUCUCUCUCUUUCACCUUUGUCAAUACUUAAGAAAUCUCCAUUUCUUUCCCCAAAGGAUGAGAUGUCAUUUCCAUGAAAUUCUGUCAGUCGCUCUCCUUACUGUAUGUCUCCUACUUCCUAUUCCCCUCUCUCAGACCCAGUUCCAUCUCUGUCACUAUGCUGCCAGUCAUGACGAGGGGGAGUUUGUGGAUGCAGAGUGUUUCAGGCCUGACCGUUGGCUGCGAGGGGACCCAGAGUCGUACCAACACCAUCCCUACAGCUCUAUACCCUUCGGGGUGGGCGUGAGAGCCUGUGUGGGCAAGAGAGUGGCAGAGCUAGAGAUGUACUUUGCCCUCUCCAGGCUGAUGCAGCAUUAUGAGAUCCAGUCAGAGGAUGGGGCCCCGACCACAGAGCCCAAGACUAGAACACUGCUCAUCCCAUCCAAACCCAUCAACCUGCGCUUCCUACCCCGAGCCUGAGGGUGCCAGGGAGUUAUAGAAAGCGAUUGACAGGAGGGUCUGGUGUUGUGCUGUGCUGUGGUAACCUCCAGUCCCCUAGAUCCCCUUAAACAUAGCCAUUUGAAGUAGUUUGGGUGGGGGGAGGGGAUGCUGAAAAAUAAAGUUUGUUCAUGCUACAGACAGCUAUAUCGGUCUGCUAAUACAGGACUAGUAAAGGCUCAGUGCACAACUUUUGUGAAUAAAUUAUAUCCCCCCCCCCUCAAAUGCCCUCAAACCAAAUCUGAUUCAUAAUCAGGUUAUUCUGACACGUGCAUACAUUUAUUUGUCCCCCUACACCAAAUGCGAUCACGACACGCAGGUUAAAAUAUCAAAACAAACUCUGAACCAAUUACAUUCAUUUGGGGACAGGUCGGAAAUCAUUAAACAUGUAUGGCAAUUUAGCUAGUUAGCUUUCACUUGCUAGCUAAUUUGUCCUAUUUAGCUAGCUUGCUGUUGCUAGCUAAUUUGUCCUGGGAUAUAAACAUUGAGUUGUUAUUUUACCUGAAAUGCACAAGGUCCUCUACUCCGACAAUGAAUCCACACAUAAAACGGCCAACCGAAUCGUUUCUAGUCAUCUCUCCUUCCAGGCUUUUUCCUCUUUGAACUUAUAUGGUGACCGCAUCUAAACUUUCAUAGUAUUACCACGACAACCGGCAAAACAUUUAAUCUUUCAAUUACCCACGUGGGUAUAGCCAAUGAGGAGAUGAAUCUUGGGUACCUGCUUCUAUAAACCAAUGAGGAGAUGGGAGAGGCAGGACUUUCAGCGCGAUCUGUGUCAAAAAUAGAAAAGUAUAAUCAAAAUGUUUCUAUUUUAGCCCUUGGGAUCACAGACGUUCGUUGGCGCGCGCACGAGCAGUGUGGGUGCAAUAAUUGAAUAUCAUGGAUUUCUACAUUUCUUUUCCGAUGCGCACGCGACGUGUGCAGUCUGGUCAGCAUGUGAGGUGUAUAACUGGGGCCUUUGCUCUGUUGAACUUUACUAUGAAGCUAAUACAUAUAGAUUAAUCUGCCCUGUAAUAAAAUGCACAGUGGUGUCGAGGAGAAAUGUAUCACUGUGUGUGUGUGUGUGUGUGUGUGUGUGUGUGUGUGUGUGUGUGUGUGUGCUUGUGAAUGGCAUUAUAAUAUAAUAUCAUCAGUUGCUAAUACACCUUGUAUAUUUGUCUAGGGUAUUGGCCAUCAACUUUUACUUCAUUAAAAGUCUUUAUGAAAUGUGAAUUUAUGUGCCCACAUUAGUGUUUAACAAGUGCUGGCAACUCUGUGGUCCAUACAAAGAUUAAAAGAUGGGUUUUAUUUACGUUAAA